AUGACUGUUCUAGGCGGGGCGGGCCACCGACCUUCGAAUGGUGUUGGUCCUACGGACCGUGAAUGGAUUCGCCUCUGGCCUCGGGGCACGUCGGAACCGCAUGAGUUCACCGGGUGCUGCGGGCACAUAGAGAUGUGGGUAGAGGAAGUCUCAAAAAGCGAAGGCCGAGCUGUAGGUCACGUGACCUGCACCGAGUUGGUGGCUGACUGGGCUUUUUCCUUGAUCAAAGCAGAUAAGCUCGCCGCCUUCUUGUUAUCAAAAAGUAGGAGCGGGAUCCGCCCAAGAACGACCAGUCCUGUGGUGGUACGGAAGGCACAGACUCCACGAACGUCCCGCGCCCCCAAGACUAAUAAAGGAAAUAAAGCCUCAACCAGAACCACAUUCCUUUUGCGUGCGGAUUUAGCUAAGUGUCUGACUCUAUUGGUCAUAGUUCCCUGCUGUUGCGGCCAGUGCUCGUUUGCGCGCAACCCAACAAACAAGGAAAGGAUGCCUCUCGGGGCAUCUGAGAAUGAUUCGAGCCGUAUGAAGGGAAACUCUCACGUACCAGAGGAGAUCGCUAUGAUCGUUACUGUAUCCGUAUUGAAGAGAUGCGACAAAGUCUGCGGAUAA